AUGCAGACACCUUUGGAGCAUAGUGGACACACGCCUUCCACUUGUAUUUCUUCAUCCAGGAGGCAUCGGGAUGACGGUGAGGCCGAUACUGGAUCUCUUGUGCCACCUCCUGAUGGUGCUGGUUCUCCUGUGGUACCUCCUGAUGGUGUUGACCUAUUGCAUGAGGAUGCUGAUGCGCAUGAGGGUUACCUAGGGGUUCCUUCCGAUUUAUCCCUAUUGGCAGGGUACAUUGAUCAUAUCGCCAGACAUGUUUGGAACAGAGAGGAUAGGGUUUCCCUGAAGUUCAAUAACCACGGACGAAAUAUUUUAUCUCUGCAGCAGCCUGUAGAGCCUUGGUUCCAGGAUGUCCUCACAGUAUCUAGGUUGAAGGACUUAUGUCAGAUCGGGUACCCCACUAUACACAACGGGAUAUCUAGGUUGAAGGACCUAUGUCAGAUCGGGUACCUCACUAUAUACAACGUGAUGCUUAUGGAAUUUGCGGAGAGAUGA